AAACUUGUUUUAAAACUCAAGCAACUUUGUCUCUCUCAUAAUAAGGUCUGAGAGGUAGAGAGAGAGAGAGAGAGAGAGAGAGAGAGAGAGACAUGGCUUUGAGUUGGCUUCUUCAUUCUGCAUGCCAUGUUCUAGGGUCACCAAAAAUCACUAAUAUGCAUGUCAAUAGCAGCUUGAAUACCCCUAAUGGAGUGCCUGAGAUGAUGCAACCAGCUUGCAAGGAAGUGAAACCUUCAGCUUCAGGGUUCCAAAUGCCUCUUCAUUAUCCUCGCUACAAGAAAGCUGACUAUGAGCAAAUGGAGGAGUCGAAACUGGACCUUCUUCUCAACCAAUAUGGGCUGAGCUUCAAAGGCACUCUUGAUGAAAAGAGGGCAUAUGCAAUGGGGGCAUUCUUGUGGCCUGAUCAAUAUUAGUAAAGGAAGUUAUUUGCAUGGAAUAAAUGAUAAAGUGAGCAUAUAUAUAUGCCAUAAUCAUGUUUAUGUCCAUUCUCUCUAUAUGUAUUUUGGCCUUAUGGUCAGUAUGUUUUGUAGUUUAUGUCAUGUAGUAAUUUUCUGCCUAAAACUGAUGCUAGCAGCUUAAGAUAGGCCAUAAUGAUGUUCAUGUCCAUUCUCUCUA